AUGACUGAGAAAAAAAUAAAAGAAAGGGUCAAAAAGCGGGAGCGGAUUAUCGCUUCUUUAAAGCGACAUGCUCAAUUUCUAGAGGAUUUUGAUCCAAAUACGCAUACGGGGGAAGUCCAAUCGAGGUUGGACAAAAUUGAGGCAAAAUUCGAAGAAUUCGAGGAGGUGCAAGAGGAUAUCGCUGAGCUAGAUGAAAGGGGUGCUUAUGAGGAGGAUUGCAAUAAAGCUUAUUCCGAAUUCGAGAAGCUGUACUACGGGCUACGGGCUGCCUUGCAGGAAAAAUUACCGAGGGAAACAGAGGUUCCAGAUUUAAACAGUACUAUCGGGAGGAAUGGUCACACUGUAGGAGCACAUACUGGAGUACGACUGCCGCAGAUAUCAUUGCCGGAAUUCAACGGCGACUACAAAGGGUGGUUGUCGUUCAAAUCGACAUACGUGUCGCUGAUCCAUGAGUCAGGGGAGCUCAGUGACGUUCAAAAGUUCCAUUAUCUCAAGUCAGCGUUGAAGGGGGAAGCAGCUAAACUCAUCGAGUCACUCGCACUUACCAACGAUAACUAUCCCAUCGCAUGGGAUACGAUUACGAAGCGGUACUCUAAUGAGUAUCUGCUGAAGAAAAGGCAUCUUCAAGCGCUAAUGGAGUACCCAAAGGUAGAGAGGGGAUCGUCAUCGGCAAUUCAUACAUUGGUCGAUGAAUUCGAACAGCGGCUAAAGAUCCUGAAACAACUAGGAGAGAAGACGGAACAUUGGGGUGCAAUGAUAGUGCACUGGAUGUGUUCCAAAUUGGACAUGAAGACGCUCCAGUUAUGGGAGGAUCACGCGGCUUCAACAAAGGAUCCGUCAUUCACGAUACUGGUGAAUUUCCUAGAGAAGCGAACAAGGGUAUUGGAAGCGGUUUCAUCGAACGUCGAAUUGAAAGGUCAUUCGCUGCAGAGGGUGGAAGUUAGACGUCAGAGAGUAGUAGCUCAUUCCGCUACCGACAAUGAGAAGAAUGGUUCAGUCUGCUGUUGUUGUGGGGACUCGCACUACUUGGGUCGAUGUGGCAAGUUCAGUAGAAUGACACUGAAAGAAAAAUUGCAGUUCGUGAACGGCAAACGGUUGUGUAGCAACUGCUUAAAGUCUGGGCAUUGGGUGCGUGAUUGCAGUUCAAAAUUCAGUUGUCGAGACUGUGGAAAGAAACACAAUUCACUGAUCCAUCCAGGAUUUCCUACGAGCAGUGGUAGUAUCGGUAACAAUGUUAACCCGCUUGGCAAAUCGGAGAAUAAACGAAACGACAAUACGAUAGCAACAAAUUUAGCGACCAACGAGGAUGAGUCUGAGAAUGAGGAAGAGGGAAUUGACGAUCAAGGUACGGUUGGAGCAUACAACGUAGGGACCAAAGGUGGUAAUAUCACUAGCGUAUUUUUGUCUACCGUUGUUCUGGUCAUACGGGAUCAACACGGAGGGAAACAUUUAGCCCGAGCAUUGCUUGACAGCGGCUCGCAAGCAAACAUUUUGAGUGAAAGACUCUGUCAGACACUCGGCCUGAAACGACGCACGAUAAACGUACCAAUUAGUGGAAUUGGUCAUUCCGAAACACGAGCAAGAUUCUUGGUGACCACAACUAUCAGUUCUAGGGUACAGGAUUUCUCAAUGGGCAUGGAAUUUCUGGUUCUUCAGAAGGUUACGUCAGAACUGCCAUCGGCACACAUACCGGUGGCACAUUGGAGGAUUCCAAAUGGAAUACAAUUGGCUGAUCCGAACUUCAAUGUCAGUAAUCGGAUCGAUAUUUUGAUUGGAGCGGAGCACUUCUAUCGGUUCCUUUUCGAGAGUGGGAUGAAACAGAUUACAUUAGGGCCAGGAUUGCCGAUGCUUAUAAACUCCGUAUUCGGUUGGAUUGUAACGGGAAAGGUUUCAGAUGCGCAGAGUAAGGUGGUUAAUUGCUGUUUAGCGACAGCAUCGGAUAAUUUGGAGAUCCAACUACAGAAGUUUUGGGAAAUCGAGAGCAUCGAAGAUCGACUGGCUUGGUCAAAAGAGGAGCAAGACAGCGAAGAUCAUUUUUCAACAACAUUCAGUCGCACAAGGGACGGUCGGUACGUCGUACGUUUACCGAAGCAGGUCAAUUUUGAUCAACUUUUGGGUAACUCUCGCACUAUGGCACUAUCACGAUUCAACAGGUUAGAAAAGCAAUUGGAACGGAAUCCGGAAAUGCGUUUGCAGUACAAUGCAUUUAUGCAAGAUUAUUUGGAUCUCGGACACAUGAGAGAGAUAACUGAAGAGGAGAUCCAUGAGGAGACAGCGGCAACGAGUGCUAAAAGGGUAUAUUACCUACCGCACCAUGCGGUAUUUAAAGAUUCCAGCACUACGACAAAGGUGCGCGUCGUAUUUGAUGGUUCGGCCAGCACGGAUAGUUGUUAUUCCCUGAACGACGCCCUUCUAAAGGGUCCUAUAAUUCAGGAUGUGCUCCUCAGCCUGCUCCUUCGGUUUCGUAAAUAUGAAGUAGCACUUGUUGGUGACACGGAAAAAAUGUACCGGCAAGUGCGUGUACACAAUGAUGACACCGGAUUACAGCGCAUCUUCUUCCGGUUCUCACCGGAUGAACCUAUACGAGUUUUUGAGUUGACAACAGUAACUUAUGGGUUGACGCCCUCGUCAUUUUUAGCGAUUCGCGCUCUUCAUCAACUUGCGGCGGAUGAAGGAGCAAGAUACCCAGAAGCUGCUAAAGCUAUAAUAAGAGAUUUUUACGUGGAUGAUUAUAUUGGUGGAGCAUCCAGCGUAGAUGAAGCCAUUCAGCUUCAAAAUGACCUUGAUACACUGAUGAAAAAAGGUGGAUUCACCUUACGCAAAUGGUGUUCCAAUAAGCCAGAAGUUCUAGCUGGCAUCUCGGUCGAACAUCUUGGGACUAAUUUAUCAGUUUCAUUCGAUAUAAGUCCCGAGGAAAAGGUGAAAGCUCUGGGAAUCACCUGGGAACCUUGGACGGACCAAUUAAGGUUCUACUAUUGCAUCACAGCAAGCGAGCAGGCAUGGACGAGAAGGAACAUUCUAUCGUCUAUAGCCAAGCUUUUUGACCCGUUGGGACUUAUCUCACCGGUGAUUAUUGUGGCAAAAAUGCUGAUGCAAGAGCUCGCUCUGCUCAACUCAGGAUGGGACUUGCCUGUUCCUGUCGACAUUGAAAGAAAGUGGAAGACGUUCCACUCCCAAUUGGACAAAAUUUCGGAGUUAAGGAUUAAUCGUUUCGCAUUCGUAUCCAAAUGGGUUGAUAUUCAGUUUCAUAGUUUUGCUGAUGCUUCUACCCUAGCCUACGGUACGUGUUUAUACGUACGGACGACAGAUGAAGCCGGGAACGUUAGAAUUGAAUUGUUAUCGUCCAAAUCACGUGUCGCUCCGCUGAAACGACUGACGUUACUUCGUCUUGAACUUUGCGCCGCCAAAGAGGCUGCUCUGUUGCAUUCGAAGGUAACUAAGGCUCUCUCAUUGGAAAACGUACGCACGGUAUUCUGGUCCGACAGUACAAUUGUGCUACAUUGGCUGAGAACUCCACCAAACUCAUUACAAACGUUUGUGGCUAACAGAGUAUCAAUGAUUCAAACCUACACCUACUCCCAUUCUUGGCGACAUGUAGCAGGAAAAGAAAACCCGGCUGACUUGGUAUCGCGUGGAAUGACUAUCGACGAUUUUCUGCAAAGCCAGUUGUGGAAGAAUGGACCCCCAUGGUUGCGAAAUAACACAGACGUGUGGCCUAACUCAGCCGAAGACCACAACAUUCCUGAUGAACAGUUGGAACUUCGUAAGGUUGUUCACAAGGUCACAGUGGAAGAACCACCUGAUGAGCUGUUCAGAUUACGAUCUUCAUUACCUCCUCUACUACGAAUUGUUGCUUAUUGUCUUCGUUUUGCUCAUCAUUGUCGAAACCCGAACGAUAGAAAGGAUUCAAUUAUUCUGUUUCCUGAUGAACUACAAUUAGCGAAGAUGGCGCUAACCCGCAUCGCACAAGCCGAACGAUUUCCAGACGAGAUCAAAUCUCUGCAACUACAACAACGAGUUGACCGGAAAUCAAACCUCAAGAGAUUAUUUCCAUUUCUCGACAAUUACGGAAUCCUCAGAGUUGGUGGACGUCUUCGUUUCUCUAAUGAAAGUUAUACGGCCAAGCAUCCCGCUGUUUUACCGGAUCAUCAUCCUUUCACGGAUAUGGUUAUACAGUUCUUCCAUUACCAAAACUUUCAUAGCGGUCCACAGCUAACAUUAUCUGAAAUACGUCAAGAGUUUUGGCCCGUACAUGGUAAGCGUGUCGUCAACGUCGUCCUUCGAAAAUGCAUUCGCUGUUUCCGAACUAAUCCAACGCCCAUCCAGCAACCCAUGGGACAGCUACCCGCUGGUCGCGUACGCCCAGGACGACCUUUCUUGAUAACUGGCGUUGAUUACUGUGGACCGUUUUAUUUGAAGCCAGCACGUCGAAACGCAGCUCCAACAAAAGUAUAUAUUGCGGUGUUCGUCUGCUUCACAACCAAGGCAAUGCACCUUGAGAUUGCUAGUGACUUGUCUACCAAUAGUUUCAUUUCGAUCUUGCGCCGAUUCAUCGGCUACCGUGGAAUGCCAGCCGAGAUACAUUCUGACAACGCCAAGAAUUUCUCUGGAGCCCGUAAUGAACUUAAAGAGCUACACGAAAUGCUGAAUAACCAGACUAGCUGUAAUGCCAUCUGCAACGAACUUUCUCAGAAAGGAAUUGAGUGGAAGUUUAUCCCACCUCGCGCUCCCAACUUCGGAGGAUUAUGGGAAGCUGCCGUUCGCUCCGUGAAAACUGCGUUGAAGAAAGAGAUCGGUCUUCAACAGCUCAGUUACGAUCACUUUACCACCCUCCUAGUUCAGAUAACCGCUACUUUAAACUCACGGCCUUUGUCGCCCCUAUCAGAUGACCCCACGGAAUUUGAAGCGCUAACCCCCGCGCAUUUCCUGAUUGGCUCAGCCAUGAAAGCUUUGCCCGAACCCAAUUUCAUUUCAAAACCCACAAACCGACUUGACCACUACCAGCAAACUCAGCAAAUGUUCCAGCGUUAUUGGCAACGAUGGAGCAAGCAAUACCUCACGCAGCUGCAAGUGGCAACGAAGAACCUGCCAAUGAACACCAUCCAAAUCGGAAGUAUUGCCGUGCUACGAGAGGACAACCUGCCACCGCUUUGUUGGCCUCUAGCGAGGAUCAUUGGAUUACAUCCAGGUUUGGACGGAGUCGUUCGAGUGGUGACGGUGAAAACGGCGACAGGAGUAUACAAACGUGCAGUCAAUCGCAUCUGUCCACUGCCUUUCGAUGAGUAUCAACGAACAAAGACGUCUACGGAACUGCCAACUAUUUGA